CUCGUUCAAUUAUCUUUUCUUCUUUUGUUUUAUUUUGAUAUACAGCUGAUUAGUCGUUAAACUUGUGUUCUUUGAUCGGCAUCCACGAUUUGUUUUAAAUUACUACUGCGAAGUUUAUACCGCAGAAAUAGUAUACUUAGGAUUAUUAAUUGAAUACCCGCAAGUUACAAAAAUUUAACAAAAUGGCACAAGAUACUGAAAAUUCAGCUGAAAAUGAAAAUGAAGUUACAGAAAGUACUUCUAAUGCUUCUAAUAGAGUCAUCAGUGAAUUACCGGGAAGGCCAUUUGCUAUAACCAUGGAGGUACCAUUAUUUUUAACUCUGUUAGCUGUAUCUCUUUCAGGGACAGCAAUUAGUAAUAUUAUUUUAUAUCGGACCUGUGUUUACUCCCUAAACCACAGUUUAGAUGAAUGCAAAAUUUUUCUAACUCCUGAAAAAUCCAAUGUGACACAUAAGUUAGAGGAAGAAGUGCAGAAGUAUGCUACAUUCAUACAGACAGUUAAAACAGUAUUAGAGUCUAUCAGCCCGGCCAUACUUUCCAUGUUUCUUGGUGUUUGGUCUGACACUCAUGGCAGAAAACCCCUCAUAGUAUGGUCUUUACUUGGUAUCACAAUGUCUUCCAUGUUGGUCGUCAUCUACAGCAUGAUGCACCUUGGACCAUGGUGGUAUGUUCUCACCUCCAUACCCUUCGCAUUCACUGGAGGGAUCAGUGUAAUCUUUACUGGGGCCUACUGCUACAUAGCUGAUAUCACGACAAAAUCGACGAGAUCGCUCAGAAUAACAAUAUUAGGAGCAGCGGUGUCAGCUGGGAGCGUGAUGGGAUCGCUGCUGAGCGCAUACCUGAUCAAGGCGGUGGGAAACGUCUAUCUUCUGCUGAUAGUGACGGCUUUGUACGUCAUAGCGUACGCAUUCACUAACAUCCAUCUGAAGGAGUCCCUGAAUGGGGCUAUACCGGGUGGUCUUAUGUCAGUUCUGGACUGGUUACUCGUGAAGGAAAUGUUCAGAGAUUGUUUCAAGCGGCGUCCAAACUACUUAAGAGCUCAGCUGCUUCUGCUAACAUUUGCCAACAGCUUGUCAGUAUUCAUGCUCUAUGGCCUCUACGGACUGAGCUACAUGUAUACCAGAGAGAAACUCCACUGGGCUCUGAAAGACUACACGCAGUUCUCAGCUGUGGAUACUACUAUAUCCUUCGCGGGGUCAUUUUUUGGAGUAGGAGUGCUCCAGAAAUACCUACCUAUUGGAGACAUGGCCCUUUCAAUCGUGGCGCUGGUGACGGCUGCAAUCUCGUAUAUGAUCAGGGGAUUUGCUACGACUACAUGGCAUUUCUAUUUGGCUGCUGUCGUUAACGUAUUCAGUGGGCUCUCGUCGCCGCUGAUAAGAUCCUACCUAUCCAAGGUCAUGCCGAUGGAGGAUAUUGCCAAAGUAUUCGCUCUGAUGGGCGCCAUAGAAGACGUUGCCCCGAUAAUUUCUCCAGUGUUAUACAACGCCUUAUACGAGUUCACGAUCAGUUCGUUCCCUGGAGCUAUUAUGUUGUUGACCAGCGGAUUUUGUUUGGUCUGCGCUACGAUGCUGAGUACCGCUGUUUACUACAGAUGGCGUGCCAGCGUGCCAAACUACCAGCCAUUGGAAAUAAACUCGUAGAUAAAUAAUAAUAUCAAACAGCUGUUAUAUUGUGAUAAAAUACGUAAGUAUAAGACUGCAAGAUACGCAAUAAUAGGUGCUUAAAAAAGGUCAAUCAUUUGAAAUGUGUUCUGCCAUGCUUAGCAAUAUUUUACAAGAACAAUGUUAAUAAUAGGUAUUUUAGCAAGUUACUCAUACAUAUUAUUCUGAACAGAAAACAUAAUUUAAUAAGUAAUAAUUCUAUUAACGUUUUUUGCACCGUUUGCAUGAUGUAUUAAUAGGAGUAAAUUUUUAUUUUUAUUUUACUAGGACUAGUCUAGAGGUGACUCCCAUACUCAUAGACUAGUGAGACUACUAACAUUUUAGCUGAACAUUUUUUAUCUAGUUUAAUCAUCAAGACUGGUAUCACAGUUAUUUUAUGAAAAAAGGUGUUGUAAUUAUUUAAUAAAAAGAAUUUUAUUAAUUACAAAAGACACAUAAAGGUGACUCACAUAGACUCGUGAGACUAGUAACAUUUUAGUUAAUGCUUUUUUAUCUAGUUUAGUCAUCGUAACUAGUGUCACAGUAAUUUUGUAUAAAAAGGUGUUUUAAAAUGUUAAUAAAAAGAUUUUGAUUAAUUAAUUACAAGAGACAUAGAGAUAAAUCACAUAGAAUCGUGGGACUAGUAACAUUUUUGAUUAAGCCUUUUUUAUCAAGUUUACUCGCCGAGACUGUAAUAAAUGUCACAGUUAAUUCAAUGAAAAAAGGUGUUGUAAUUUACAUAAUGAUAAAUGUGUGUCUUGUUGGUUCAUCUUAAUAGGUUUUUAAAGUUUAAUUUUGAUCAAACUAACAUAAAUAUUAUAUUAUGAGCAACUAAGUGUACUUACAUGAAUAGUAGAGGUAUUUUAUUUAAUUAGUAUCCAUAGUAAAUUACACAGGGUGUACAAGAUUGAGCAGUACUUGAAACUACGUAGUCAGAUGCUGUUAUGAUUAGUACACAGCUGCACAGAGGAGCAUGAAAACAUUAUGAAAUCGUCCUAAUUCCCAGUGAAGUAAUGACGUUUUGACUUUGAAUAUUUAGAUUUGCAUUUUUGAAUCUGAAUUAUAUCACGGUUUCGUCGUAUUUCCCUUAAAUUUGAUCACGUAGGUUCAAGUAAUAACUGCUUUUUUUUCUUAUUAGCACAUUACAUAUACGUUUAGUGAUGAUUUUAAGAUUUUCGUCUUCUUUCUUUUCGCGAAAAAGUGGAUACUUUUGUCGUGCAACUAUUGAUUACAAUUGAAGUGCCUUUUGUUUUGGUACAUCCUGUAUAAGUACAAUAAAAUAAUUUAAUUAGCUGAUUUUUUUAUAUAUAAUAUGUUGAAUGCUUUAGACUGUGAUAACUAAAUUGUAAAUACUAAAAAAUGCAAUAUUGGAAAUGAAUUAACUGUAAAAAGUUUAUUUAAAUUUUUGAUGAAAUUUACUAGCUACUGAUAAAGUUUAUUGUGAAAAAAAGACCAAAUCAUUAACACUUAAACAAAUUAUUAUUGUUGUUAUUAUAAAAUUUAGAUAAUACUUUACUAUCAUAUUAUUGUGAUAAGAAAAGAUAAGUACCAGUGAGUUUUAUAAUUAGAUAGUAAGUUGACCUUUGUGAUAUAGUUUUUACAAUUUCUGCUUGCUUGCUUUAUGGUAAUAAAAAUAAAUUUUGUAAGUCUUAUAAUAAAAUCAUUAUUUUUCGCAAAAAUUGGCGACAUUAAACGUAACGUUCAGUCGAAGAUAUAGAUAAGAAAUGCAUAGCGAUUUCUCUUUCUUCCACUCUCUCAAACUCUCAACUCAAAUAUGUGGAAAUUACGUUAGGAAAAUAGAGAGCAGCUCUAACUUCAUAUAAAUAUUUUUUACUGAUUUCCUUUUACCGCUUGUCGUCUUUCUGAGACACCCUGUAUUAUAAAUUCAUAGAGCACGCCACUUCAAGGCGAGUCCGCCAAUCUACUGCCACGGUAAUACUGUGCUACUGCUGUUCAUUGCUUAGCUAAAGUUGUCUAAACCGUUUAGACUGUUUAGACUAAACGGUAAUUUUAGCCUUAAGUGUACCUGCACUAGUCUUCACAUUAACUGUGUAGGUAUUAAGACUUAUCAUUAAAGGAUUUUUACACUUA